AUGCUGGCAUCGCGUCUCGUCCGGCCGAGGUGCGGCUUCGCCCUCGAGGCCCGGCUCUCCCCCUCAUCCACCUCGUCGUCCGCUCGCCUCGCCUACGCCGUGGUCCCCCCGCUCCAACAUGCCCUCAUCACGGCCGCCCGCCCUCGCCACCUCUCACACACGCGACCACGCCUCGCCCCGCCGCCGGACGACCCGUACCACCGCCUCCGCCACGCCCGCCCGCUGGUCCCGGAUGCCGUCGCGGGGCGGUUCGCGCGGGCCGGACGCUCGCGCAACUCGCGCGCCCUCGUCGUCGUCUGCGUCGCCGCCGCCGUCGCCUUCUACCUCUACAACUCGCAGACGGUCCCCGUGACGGGCCGGCGGCGCUUCAACUUCCUCUCCGACCGGCUCGUGGCGCGCAUGUACGCCAGGUCUGCCGACGCCGUUGCGCGAGAGGUUCUGAACCAGGGCGGCCACUUCCUGUCCGACUGGGACCCGCGCACCAUGGCCGUCAGGAGGGUCAUGAGGAGGCUGAUUCCCGUGAGUGGCAUGGCGGAUCUGGAUUGGGAGAUUCACGUCAUCGCCGACAACCGGACCGCCAACGCCUUCGUCAUGCCGGGGGGCAAGGUGUUUGUGCACAGCGGCAUCCUCAGCCUGUGCCGUAACGACGACGCACUGGCCGCGGUGCUGGGCCACGAAAUCGCCCACAGCACCGCCUCGCACGCGGCCGAGCGGCUGUCGGCGGCCUGGGUGGGCAACCUGACGGCCGGCAGCCUCUUCUUCCUGGCCGGGGCGCUGCCGGGGCUGGCGCUGUUUGGCCUGUGGAGCGUCGUCGGCGGCUUCUACCUGCAGGACCUGCUCUUCCACCUGCCCAUGGGCCGCAGGCAGGAGAGCGAGGCCGACUACAUUGGGCUGAUGAUGAUGGCCGAGGCGUGCUACGACCCGCGCGCCGCCGUCGGCUUCUGGCGCCGCAUGGAGACGCUGCAGCACGCGGGAGGGGUCGAGCAGCCCGAGAUGCUGAGCACGCAUCCAUCGAACGAGCACCGGAUUGCCGACAUUCAGCAAUGGAUGGGCGAGGCGAUGCAGAAGCGCAUGGAAAGCGACUGUCGAGGCACGGCGUCGUUUGCGGACAGGUUCAGAGUCGCGCUGCGCAGAGGCCAGCCGGUGGAGGCUGUCGCCGCCUAA